UCAUUAGUUAUAUUAUACUUUUGUAUUCAUGCUAAACUUUACCCUUCUUGUUUUCAUGGUGACCAAAAAAAAGUUGGCUUCAAUUAGAAAACACUGAGGAGAAAAACCCACAUUUCUAGAAACCACACAUGUAAGGAAAACAUGCAGGGGAUUACCGCGCAUGCGCAGAAGUGACGAGAGGUUUUACGGAAGCCGGCGUGGAUCAAAAACGAAUCCGUCCACGCCUUUUCCCGUGAGCGAAUAGAAUGCAUUGAUUGCGGUAACGUUAUGCUAUGACAUGAAUGCAGGGGACCGGUGGGACUGUUUCUACAUAUCCAUGCUUUUUAGCAUUUAAAGUGCACUAAUGAUGCACUACUCAAACUGGCUUAUUGGCGUGAAAAACAGGGCAAGCCUUCGAAAUGCGUGCAAAACACCAGCACGCAUGGAUCGGAACAAAAGGACGACGUUACAUGUUGACGUGCAGAACAACAGUCCCAGAGAGAAGAAGACCGACGUCACGGUCACCUCACACCUGUGGAAGACAGGCUACAAAACAAUCAAGAAAAUUGGAGAAGGCACAUUUUCAGAGGUGUUGAAAACUCAGAGCCUGAAAGAUGGGAAGUUCUACGCAUGUAAAACCAUGAAGCAGACAAUUAACAGUCUGGAGCAGGCCAACAAUCUGCGGGAAGUCCAGGCAAUGAAGAGACUGAGCCCACAUGCAAAUAUCAUUCAGCUGCAUGAACUGAUUUUUGACAAAGAAACCGGAACUGUGUCUCUGAUUUGUGAGCUGAUGGAAAUGAACAUCUAUGAGUUCAUACAAGGAAGACAAAUGCCACUGCCUGAAAAUACAGUAAAGAACUACAUGUACCAGCUUUGCAAGUCACUUGAACAUAUGCACAGCUGUGGGAUCUUUCACAGAGAUGUGAAGCCAGAAAACAUUCUCAUCAAACAAAGCGGUCUGAAGCUUGGCGACUUCGGCUCAUGUCGGAGCGUGUACUCCAAGCCCCCGCAUACAGAGUACAUCUCCACCCGCUGGUACAGAGCCCCAGAGUGCCUCCUCACUGAUGGGUACUAUGGCUUAAAGAUGGACAUGUGGAGUGCUGGUUGUGUCUUCUUUGAAAUCAUGAGUUUGAGUCCUCUCUUCCCUGGAACCAAUGAGUUGGACCAGAUUGCCAAGAUCCAUGACGUGUUGGGGACACCAGAUCCAAGUAUCCUCCAAAAGUUCAAGCAGUCUAGAGCGAUGCAUUUCAACUUCCCCCCUAAAAAAGGCAGCGGUAUCUCACGGUUGGUCCCUCACUGCCCAGCUCCGGCUCUGUCACUACUCUAUCAGAUGCUCGCCUAUGACCCCGAUGAACGCAUUACUGCAGAAACGGCUCUGCGGCACACAUACUUUAGGGAAAUCAGGCUUGCAGAGAAGAAAGCUGAGACUUUUCAUAGAAUAUCUGGGACUAUGGAUGGACUAGAGAUAGGCGGGACACACAACUCCUUAGACCAGAUCUGGCGCCCAGCCAGACUUGGCAAACAGUUGAGGGGAAGACACACAAGGCAAACCCCUUUAAUAAGCCACAACAUGAAACAUUUAGCGGAGCCCCUACUCCGACGGAACGUCCCUCAUAAUCAUACAGAGCUACCCAAGCUCAACAUGGCUGUGCCAGGACCACAAAUCUCCUUCCCAGUCUCCACUAUGCCUGCAUUUACCGUCACCCACCGAGGCACUCUGCCAACCAUCACGUCGAAAAAGUGCCAGUCGCGGUUCACAAAGCCCCGGGAUGAGUCACACCGCGCAGCUUUCAAGACCUCCUACAUUCCACCUCUGGAUAGGAAACAUGGAGGCUUCUGAGAAUCAAACAACACUUCCAACGAAUAAUAAAAAUGUUCUUCUUAAAACAGGAUAGACCUAUACUGUUUAACAAAUUGUUGAGAGGACAAUGUUUGGACAGGUCAGAUGUUGAAAUCUAUGAAGCAACACAAACAUGAUAAAAAAUGCAACAAAGACCGCCAUGCCUGUCAUUAUACCUUUUGCUGCUUACAUCAAACUGUUCAACCCUAAUUGUAAUGAUACAAUUCAAUGUAAUAUCUACACAAACAAUAUUAGAGCCUGUAAUAUUAUGCUGGAUUGAGAGUGUGUAGUUUAGUUAUGACCUCAGUUUUACUUGACCUAGUCAGGUGGUACAUGUUUACAACUGUUAAGAAAUAUACUUCAAUCUGAGCCUAUUUCACAAGCUAAGCAAUAAGAUGUGUGACACGUGAACAGCCAUUUACCAUUGCUGAAUGAAAUAGUAUUGAAACAGAUUGAUCCACACCAAGUAGCUCCUAUUAAAAGGGUUUUUAUUGCAGUGUAGCAUUUCAAGCACCAGGCUCUUCCUCACAUCGUCUGAUGCUGAAAACAUUAGACAGCAAUAAAAUUCCUUCCAACGGGAGCUACUUGGAGUGUGGAUCAAUCUGUUUUAAUUCUGUUGGAUAAUUCUUUUAUCCAGCACCCAUCCUACCAGACACUGAAUGUGUGUGUCUUUUUUU